AUGUCGUGCUGCUCCGUCUGCCGCAAGCCCAAGAAGACCACCGACGAACGGCGCGACGAGGCGUACCAGCUCGAGGGCCUCAUCCCCGAAGGCCCUAUCACCUCGCUGCCGCACCUCGGCCGCAAGGUGGAGGCCGGACUGCAGGAGCGGAUCCUGCCAGAGUCGAUCUAUGCCGCGGUCAUCAUCAUCACGCUCGACACGCGCGGCACCCCGCCCGAGCUCGUCACACGCGUCCUGCCGCUCGUCUUUGUGCUUGUGCUGGCGCUCGCCGCGCAGCUCCUGUUCGCAAUCUACCUCGACCGGGCCGUCUGGCUGGUGGAGGGCGACCUGGCCGACAACUGCGACGAGACGGAGCAGCUCAUGCGCUGGGUGGCCACCUUCACCUUUGUCUGCGUCGUCUUUGCCGACGUUGGCAACACUUUCGAGAUGCACGAGUGGUUGCAAAACAUGCCGAGCGAGUGGAUGCACAAGCGGCUCAAGUUCCGCUCGUACGAGCUCUCGGAGCGCCUCGUCACCAAGGUGCUCCCGGGCGCAAAGUUUACGCCCGUCAACAGCCCCGCCGUGAGCCCUGUUGCCAGCCCCGCAAACAGCCGCUCUGGCAGCCCGGCCAUUGUCGGCAAGUCUCGCCGGAGCCGUGCGCCAAAGCCGGCUCCACAGCAGCCGUCGGCCGAGGAGGAGCCGCCGUCGGAUGCGCCGCUCUCGCGCCUCUCCGUCGACCCUGUCGACGACGACGGCGUGCCGGUCGACGCGCCCUCGCCACCGGCCUCGCCGCCCGCCUCGUCGCCCGCCGGUGACCGGCGCUCUCAGGGCGACCGGCGCUCCCAGGGCGAGUCGCGGCGCUCCCAGGGCGACCGGCGCUCCCAGGGCGACCGGGGGGCGGCAGAGCGGCGCUCGCAGGGCGCGGGCGGGCUGCCGACGGACGACGCCGGCCCGUCGCGGGCAGAGGAGCGCGUCGAGCGCGCACGCACGCAGAGGCGAAAGAGCCGCGUGUCUGCGGCCGACCCGAGCCUCAGCGCGCCGCUCAACCCUCCGGCCAGCCCGCCCGCCCCCGUCGCCGUGCCUCUGUCGCCUGGCGCCGGGGAGGACCCCGGACAGCGCGGCUCAAUUGCGGGCGCCAUCUCGCUCACCAUCACGAGACCGCUCACCGGCCUCACGCGCAUCGAGCGGACCGGCUUCCAGAUCAUGCUCCUGGUCAAGUUCGUCGCCUCGGUCAUCGUCAUCAUCUCCGGAUCGGGAGCGGUCGUGCGCUCAGGGAACGACUUUGACCUCAUUGUGAACUCACUCGCCGCCGUCUUCAUCGUUGACAUACCCGCCCUGGCCUACAAGGUGUUCCUGCCCCCGGCCUUCAAGCGGCUCAUCCAGGACAUGCCGCCCUUCUCCAACCCCGCGCGCGAGGAGGCCAAGAAGUGCACCUGCAAGUCGCUCAUCAACCGCUGCUCCUCUGCGAUUGCGGCCAAGGUCCGGAUCGCCUUUGUCGCGCUCUACAUCUACAUCUACUUUGCUCUCUGCGUCUGCAUCUCGUAUUUGCUCGUCCAGGCGCCGUGCUUCCGCUGCCCGUGGUGGCUCGCUUGGCUGUGCAAGGGAACCUAUUGGUGCUGGUUCGAUGACGUGGCCCAAAAUGCCGGCUAUAAUGCCAGUCUAUUGGGCGACAGCGACCUGUGCGUGUUCCCCCCGCCACCAGCGCCGUCGGCGCCUCCACCGUGA